AUUGCAGUUGUAGUCGUCUCAAUGUUUUUUAUAUCUAGUGCUUACUCAAAAUGGCGCUCAACUCCGGUAAUAUUAUCACUUAAUCCAGAACCAACAAGUAUUACAGAGGAUCCUUUUCCUGCUGUUACUAUUUGUAAUCUGAAUCAAGCACUAAAGAGUAAAGCCAAAAGUUAUAAGAAGAACACUACUGAAUAUGAAAUAUUAAAGAUAAUUUGUGGACAUAAGUCAUCGGUUAAAAAUGCUUCAGUGCCAAUAAACGAUUGGAAAAAAUUGGAUCAAGUUAUAAUUGAUGUAUCACAACCAUGUUCUAGACUAUUAAUAUCAUGUCGAUUUGGAGCUAUAAAUUAUGAUUGUAAAACUAUUUUCCGUCCAAUAGUCACAGAUGCUGGUCUUUGUUGUGUUUUUAAUAUGGUGCAUCCGGAAUUUAUGUAUAUACCAGAUGUAAAUAACAUUGAAAACAUUUCAUAUACUGAUGGUUCUACACCAGUAGAUUGGGAUCCCGAACAUGGAUAUCCAAAAAAUUUACCACCACAAUAUUAUCCAAGAACAGCCGUCGGUACUGGAGAAAAUCUUGGUUUCACUGUGAUGCUAAAUCUAGAACCAGAUGAAUAUUAUUGCUCAUCUUCUAAUGGUAUGGGUUUUAAGAUAUUUUUACAUAGUCCCACCGAAACUCCACAUGUUAAAGAGGUUGGACUCUUUUUAGCAGCCGGAAUGGAAAGUAAAUUGCGUAUACAUGCAGAAAAAUUUGAAACUGAUCUAAAAUUAAGAUCAAUGCGUAAGGACUAUCGUAAGUGUUUAUUCGACACUGAAGGAGAUUUGGUAUAUUUUUCUUAUUACACUAAACGAAAUUGUGAAAUGGAAUGUCUAACAAAUAUGAUAAUGAAACAUUGUGGUUGUGUAACAUAUUAUAUGCCCAGAAU